GUUCUAGCAAUAAAAAUGUCCUGGAAAAGCACCCUAACUCUUAAAAAAAAGAAAAACAACCGAGAACAUUUAAGCGGCGAUGGCUGGCCCUGGCAGGAGCCGCCUCUCUGGAGGCUCCAUCCUGCACAGAGGGACCCGGAGCCUGGAUGCCGCGGGAGAGGAGGACCCGGAAGCCCGGCCCGGCUGGGCGCGGGGCGGGCGCGGUGUCCCAGCAACCGCGGAACGCGUCUUAGCGAUGGAAGCGCCCGGCGGCGGCGGCGGCGGCGGCGGCGGCGACCUCCUUCUCGCUCUCGCCGCUGGGCUUUCGGCUCCUCCGCCAGGCACCUGGCAGUUCGGGGGCCGCACGCGGAGUCGCCACCUCCACAGCACGUCGAGAGCUAUCUGCAGCACAGAGCUGGAGAAGGUUCCAGAGAAAGGGAUGCCGGCAUGGCCCAGGACCAGAGGAGUUACAGUGCUAACCAUGGUGAUUUCCUGGAGUCCAAGGCUGGCUGUGCCAGUACAGCCCUCUCUGUCCGGAGGGCCAACUCCUCAUCUUCUGUUGGAACAGGUGCAGGUGUCAGCAUCCACAGAGUGUGUGCUCAGCUAGACAUUGUGGCAAAUUUGGAUCAGACAUCCUCCUCCUCGCAUUCGGAUCACUCUGAAAUGUCUCCGACUGAGGGCCAAAAGGAGAACCAUCCCGAGGAGUUCAGCCUGCUCAAGUUGCAGACAAAGGAUGGGCAGCGACCAGAGUGGACGUUUUACCCCAGGUUUAGCAGCAACAUCCACACGUACCACGUGGGAAAGCAGUGCUUGUUCAACGGGGUCUUCCUUGGCAACCGGAGGUCGCUAUCAGAGAGGACGGUGGACACGUGCCUCGGGAGAAAGAAAUACGAUAUUGAUUCCAGGAAUGGAAUCCCCAAGUUGACUCCAGGGGAUAAUCCAUACAUGUCCCCAGAACAGAGUAAAGACUUCCACAAAGCCGGAUCAACUCUUCCACCAGUGAACUUUUCAAUAGUGCCUUACGUAAAGAAAUUUGAUACCUUUAUUCCACUUGAGCCUCUUCCACAAUCUCCCAACUUGCCCUUCUGGGUGAAGGAGAAGGCCAACAACCUGAGGAAUGAGAUAACAGAAGUUGAGGAGCUCAACAAGUGGCAGCCAGCGGUGUCCUUGGCCAACAGUUUAUUUGCUUCUGGUGGGUUAAAGAACCUUCCAGAAAUACCAGAAAAACUGGAUGAGUGCAGAAAAGCAGGUCUUUGAGAGGUUUUGCAAUGCUGAGGAGAGAAUGUGAGGCCUCUCUGGGGUGGAUGCAUCAUCUGCCUCGAGCUGGUCCCUUGGGCAGGGGCCAUGGCUGUGCAUCCAGGCUCAAAGAUGUUGUUAGAGAACUCCUAGUCUUGUGGUGGAACACAUCGCAACUCUGUGCCUCUACCCACAGGUGCUUUGGACUUUCCAAGACAAUCCUGAGUCUCAGCAGGUCCUGCAAGGAUGUACUGAGCACAUCCGGCUAGCCUCCUGCAGUUGAUGGUUUUUGACAGUCUGACCAUUGGAAAUUAAAAGUUUGAUUCUAAA